UUCCUCUUCUUCAUAGAGACCGAGGCCACCAUUGGCUACGGGCACCGCUACAUUACCGAGCGCUGCCCCGAGGGCAUCGUGCUCUUCCUCUUCCAGUCGCUGCUGGGCUCCAUCGUGGAUGAGUUCCUCAUCGGCUGCAUGUUCAUCAAGAUGUCCCAGCCCAAGAAGCGAGCUGAGACCCUCAUGUUCAGCCGUGCCGCAGUUGUCUCGCAGCGGGAUGGCCCCGUCCCUUGGCAUGCGGGCGAGAGGAUGUGGCCGGGGUGGUAUGACGGGCUUCUGAAAAAUUUGCCGUGGCUGCCCAUAGUGGGAGCCAUGAAAGAACCGAGCAGGCGUAGGGGAAAAGACAGUCUCAUCAGAGAGCUCCCGUUCGGGGGCGUUCCGUCCCGACAGACACCGGAGGGAGAAUUUCUGCCGCUAGACCAGUGUGAACUGGAUGUUGGAUUUGGAACUGGAGCUGACCAGCUGUUUUUAGUUUCCCCAUUAACCAUCUGCCAUGAAAUUAACUCAAAGAGCCCCUUUUUUUGUCUCUCACAAAGAUCACUAAGAAGUGAGCAAUUUGAAAUAGUUGUCAUCCUUGAAGGAAUCGUUGAGACGACCGGAAUGACGUGUCAAGCUAGGACUUCGUAUACAGAAGAUGAAGUUCUUUGGGGUCACAGAUUCCUCCCAGUAAUGUCCCUAGAAGAUGGCUUUUUCCGUGUCGAUUAUUCUCAGUUUCAUGCUACGUUUGAAGUCCCCACUCCUCCUUACAGUGUUAAAGAGCAAGAAGAAAACCUGUCCCUACCAUCUCCUUUGAAUAGUCCUGUCGAUAAUAACAAACCCAGGCGAGAACAGGUUUGCUCACUUGACUGUGUUGAUAUUGCAGGAGAGAAAAACAAGCUCCCUUUUAAACUUCAGAAGAUCAGCUCAAGAAAGGAAGACCUUCCAAGAAGAGCCCUGAGAAUGAGUUCCAGUAACACCGAGAAGACUUGCAGUACCGGAGAUCUCUUGAAAAUUCAAGAAAUAAGUCCUAUCUCUGACGGUGAAGACAGUGAUGACAGGAUACAGCUGAAAGCCUUCAAAAUAAAUGCUGAGGCUUUGACUCAGUCUACCGGUGACCUCGAGGUACAGAAGAACCCUCCAAGUAUGUGUGCUUUAGAGAUGAAACUGGAAGAUAGUUUUCCUGCCAAACUUCGAAAAAUGAACUCUGAUCGCCUCUCUUAAGAGCUAAGAGCAACAGGAGUUGCUGCUGAUAAACUGCAUUUGAGACUGCUGACCUGAAAGAGCUGUCUUACAGUGAAGUCAUAAGAUGUUCUUGCCGCUUUCAGGAAGAAUGAUCCUUUUUGUAUAAUUGUUCUGUACAGAUCCCACUUAGGUAGCAUAAUAGGACUUGGAGGGGCAGGGAGGUUAGACUGUCGUGCCAAAGAGAUCGCUGCCCUAAUGAUGUUUUUUGGCAUGCUCGUUGCAAACCUACAUUGUCUUCCAUAUAUGCAAAUGCUUUUUCACAAAGCGAGGACCAGCUCCUUAGUCACAGAGUGAAAUGUUCAGAGAUCAAGCCAAAAAGGGUGUAAAACCAGCCGAAACACGAUUUUGUGCAGCUCAGAUCUUGGACUGUUCCUGGUGGAUAGAACAGCAGAACGCAGGAAGAAUCUGUGAUGCUGCUCGGCUGUAGUCCAGUUGUCUCAGUGACGCCGCUGGAAGGUGGCCUUCCUGCGCAGCCCAGUGGCACGCGUCCUUCUUUCUCAGUGAUUGUGGCGUCCCGGCUCCGUGCCCCCAGAAUCUUGUUCGUUGUCGUUCAGGUACAGGAAGUGGUGUGCAAUAGCCGUUUGUGUCGUUGACUCACACGAGCUCUCAUAAACACGAGGACCAUUUAUCCUGUCCAAAAUUAGACCCCAGCAUUCCGUCGGGUGGAUCACAUGUUGAAUUUUAACAACCGUAUCACCGCUGACUGUGAAGGGAACUUGAGGUCGAUAGCUCAACUUAAUGGAAUGUCUCAUACCUCAACUUCAUGAAGUUUUAAUUGGGAAGCUCCUCGUAAGUAAAUAAAAGCAAAGUGCUAGUUAAUGCUCAGUCAUUACAGGAAUGGGCAAUAGUGUGUACACAUCUCAGAGUUUUAUUAAUGAAUGGUGAGGGUCUUUGGUGUUGCUCUUUUUUUUUUUGCCUUCUCCAUUUAUGUACAAUUCUUGAUAAUUUUGUAGAUUUGACAUUAAUAAUAUUGUGCAAUUUAUUGCAGGGUAGAAGUCUGUUUUAACAUAAAUAGAUUAAGAUAUUGAAGGAAAAGGCAGCACAGGUCUGUAACAUGUUAAAUGUUCUGGUUUUAAAACAAAUCUUGCAGCAACUGACACUACUGUUUGCUUUACUGAUCAUCAGGAAAUGGCGAGAACCAGACUUCGAGUUUCUUGGGUUUCCGGGGGCUCUACACUUCAGAAGAAUUGCAUUCCUAUGCAGCUGUUCUGUGGUCCAUCUCAGUCAGUGGAUGAGGUCUUUUUUUUCCAGUUGCUAGCAAGCAAGCGUAAUGUUUGGUAGCUCAGCUUAUCAGGUGCAGAGCACUCCCCAACAGCAGGAUCAAAUUCUGCUCUUGUUACACGGACAGAAUUCAGUCAAAUUUAAAAGGGGCUGCUGUGGCUCUAUCAGUUGGUAACGCACGCCUCAAUGCCUAGAAUAGAGAGGUAACGGGAUAUAUCCAAGCCGGGGAUGACUUGACUUGUGUAAAUCGCUAUUUCUUGCCUUAGAUCUUCUGCCUAUGGUGUGAAACUGGAAAAUGGUAUUUUGCACAGCAGUAGGAUUGCUUGUUGCUUUUCCUGUUUGUUUUCACCAUUGAUUUCAACAUUAUAUAUGUGCUGAAAUCUGUAUAUUCAUUUAUUAAAUGUAUUAGUAUGGGAUAUUUAGAUGACAGCGUGAAGUCUUGGUGGAUGAUGACUCGCCCCACUCUUCAGAACAGCCAGAAUUAGUAUAAAAUACAAUUACAUCUACCUUGGGUCUCAAGCAUUCUUGUGAGUCAGUCAGCUCUGAGUGCAUUUCUAAUAGACACAGAGACAAUGAGCAGAAGUACCCCAAGUCUGCUUCUCCAGAGAGUUAUGUGAAAGGCUGUUCCGCACAUUAUGCAACCGUCGGGCAUGUAGGGCAGGAGUAUUCUGUGCUGCGCGCUCUGGAGGAUGGUCCUAAGCUAUUUUCAGUUUUCUGUGCUUUUUUUUCUGGGCUGCUCCUGUAGCUGCAGAGUAGAUUUAGUUGUGGCCUCCUGAGACUUCCCUGUAGACCCAUCUCAGCGCUAAGCGAAUCUUCACGCUCUAAAUGAAGUACAUCAGAGCUUGCAAGCCAUAUGGUGGUUUUCUGUGAUGCCCGCUGUGACAAAAAUAAUUAUCGAAGUACUUCUGGGAACCCUAUGGUGACUCUGUUCCUGCUGUGUGAAGCAGAAAGAUGUCUUCCUGAGACGGAGGGCUCCGGCGCACAUCCCUCAUAACACUGAUACUCCCUGUGUAUUUGCUCUGGAAAACAGUAAGGAAGGAGUGGGAAAACAAACUCUUACAAGCAAAAUGACACAACAGGGUGCCCAGAGAUCCAGGAGGGCAAGAAGGAAGAAUGUUGCCAGCUUUGCCUGGCCCCAGGAGGAUGCCAAGGGGCCCCUAGGGACUGCAGAGUCGUGGGUGACCGAGGGGUCAGGAGCCUGGGGCAGGGGCAGAUCAGGCCCCAAACUGGAAACCAGGUGGGAGCAAACUAUCCCCCAGCUCUGGGAUUGCACAGGAUGGACUGAGCAGGAGCAGGGAGCAGCAUGUGCCCUCACUCUCUUGGCUGGCAGCCCAGCUGUGAGCUCGUCCUGCGGCUACAAACAGCCCCGCAGCCAGGGGUCCCCUGGAAGGUGCCACACCAGCACAGCGAGUCUCGGGGGAUGCCUACGGCCUUUCGGCCGCCCGCCAGCUGCCACCUGAUGUUCGGUGCUGGGUGAUGCAGGCGGUCAAGAUCACGACAAAAACUUUCCCCUGUGCUACCCAGCGUUCAGGUCUGCGCUCCGAUCUGAGGUCUCGGUUUGACCCUGUGCAGGCAGGACACACUGUGCCAGCCUGGUGAGGCAGCGGGGAGCCGAGAGGCGUGAAAUGUGCGUUCAGGCUGCUAGCCCAAGGGUGAGGCAGAAGCACAGACUGGUGCAAUCAGGGUUUUCCCUCCCAAAUACCAGAAAUUCAUUCUAUCCCUGAAGGAAAAAGCUCGAGGGAGCCUGACAGCCGCUUGGUGACUUGCCACAUCAAGGGCAAAGGCAGGAGCUGAGCCUUCCUUUCCAGACUGGUGAACGCCAGUCCAGUAGCAACUGUUCAGGUUUCAGACAGGGAAAGCAUAAUGGCACCAAGCCCUGUGGAAGUCUCAGUCCCAAGUGUUGUUUAUGUGUAAUAAUUAAUAAAUGGUCGGUUUACUCUUUGUAGUCAUGGCUGUGGCUCCGGCAGUUCCUUUGGCUCGGUAAGUGCCUGUGACAGUGCCCCAGGGAAAGCAGUUACCUGUUGUGUCUGGGAGGGGACCUGGUCCCAAGAUUUCUCGGACCCCUUUGGGAUCACUGGAGGUUCCCAGGCAGCCCCAGUGCCGUUUGCAGGGCUGCGGGGGGUUUCUUUUGCACUGCCAGGGACACUCAGGGCUGUUGAUAGCAUUUGCCAUCAUCCAGGGCCCCUCCAGGGCUGCGCAAGGUCCCCAGGCUGCUCCUGGUCGCUGUCAGCACCCUGAGGUGCCCUGGGUACGUCUGGGGUCAAGAGCAGGGGUCAGUGCCAGCGGUGCUGGGGGAUUUUCCGCAGGCUGGGGUGGUGACUGCAGGCCACUGCCCAGGCCGAGCCCCGGAGCACGCCCUCUGGGUGUGCACCAAGGCCCUCUGUUUGCAUCUGGGUACGCCCCGGAGCCCGCUGAACGCCCCAGGUCACGUUUGCCCCCAUGCCCUCCUGUGCAGCCCAAGGCCCUGUGCUUGCACUGCACCAUGCCACCAUGUUUCCCGUUCAGCUUUCUCCCAUCCCAGUUUUCCCAGUGCUUUCCUCGCACGCUCCAGGGUCACGUUUUCCUUCGUGCCUGGCCCAGCUCCCCCCCUCUGCCUUUGCCUUUUCUGUGCCCCCUGACCCCUAGGGUUUCCCUCGCUCCUGCUAAUGUUUUCCUUUUUUUCUUUUUCAUUUCAUUGCACCCCAGUUCUCCCUUUGUU